UUGUUAGGUUGUACGUCAUACCGCUCACUUUAAAUCAUUGAGCAUGCCUAAUAAGCCGAAAAAGAUAAUUAAAGCUAAGAAGAUUAAGGAAGUUGUUCAACAUGAACCUGAGGUACCAGUUAUUCGUAAAGGGAAGCCUUCAAAAGUUGCUCCACUUCCUGAAAUAGCAAAGAAAACGGUGGCAAAGAAGAAGGUCGUCAAAAACCCGUUAAUCCAGCGCCGACCUAAAAAUUUCGGAAUCGGACAAGAUAUUCAACCAAAAAGGAACCUUUAUCGUUUCGCCAAGUGGCCAAAGUACAUCGAGCUCCAAAGGAAAAAGGCAAUCCUGAAGAAACGAUUGAAAAUCCCACCCCCGAUCCAUCAAUUUUCUCAGACAUUAGAUAGGAACUCAGCUGGUCAAAUAUUCAACCUGGUUACCAAGUAUCAGCCUCUAAGUAAACAAGCUAAGAGAAUGCUUCUCGUUCAUCGAGCACAAUUGCGUGCUGAAGGCAAACCUGAUGAACCAACAACACGUAAACCCACUGUUCGUGCUGGUAUUCGCGAAGUGACUACCGCCAUAACUCAGAAGAAGGCUCGCCUUGUUAUAAUAGCGCACGAUGUUGAGCCAAUCGAGGUGGUACUCUUCCUUCCUGCAUUGUGCAGGAAAAUGGGUGUACCAUAUUGUAUAGUUAAAAGUAAGGCCAAACUUGGACUUCUGGUUCACCGAAAGACGUGUACUUGCUUGGCCUUCACUAAUAUUAGAGAAGAGGACAAAUCGCGGUUAUCGAAAAUAGUUGAAAUGGUAAAGAACAACUACAAUGAUCGUUUCGAAGAGAUUCGAAAACAUUGGGGUGGUGGAAUCAUGGGUUCUAAAUCCCUCGCCAAAAAGGCUAAACUUGAAAAAGCAAAGAAGAAAGAGCUUCAGAUUAAACUUGGAUAACUUUACUUUAAUACAUUUUAACGGAAAAAUCUAUUCGUCUUAUGGUAUUUGAAGAACGUGUCUAGUCUGUUACUCUGUUUUAUUUACCUUGUUCUUAGUGGCUUCUUGGAAUCAUGUUAACUUUGCCAAUAACUUCGAGUGUUAGACUGUCCGUCUUGACACCAUUCGUUGUGCCACAUACUGGGAUAGCCUAGUAGUUUUUAAAACGUACUAUGAUAGUUUACAGCUAACUAGUAAAUAAUAUCUAAUAUUGGUAAUCGUUUAAAAGGAAUUAAUCAACAUGACUCAGCGUCAUGUGCAUUCUCGUUUUGUUUACUUUCAGUUCUUACGCUUUGUAAUCAUUCGACUUUACUGUCUUUGAUAAUAUUACUCAAAUAUUUAUCUGCUCUCAGUUGACGUUAUGUUCAUUCAAAGUUAAUAUACUUUCGCUAUAAACUUUCCUCAUGUUCGUGACUACUUUCCUACAAGUAGUGUCUCCUUUACAUUAAUAUUCUUGAUGACUCCCUUUGAGUUGAUAUUCAUGUAAACUUAAACAUAUGUGUAAUACUUUAAGCGGAGACAACCCACUUGUGGUUGGGUUUUCCCAUCACUUGCUAUGCAUGUGGCUCCAUUGACAAUUGGUAAGUUAGCCGUUUAAACGAUCUAAAGCAGUUGAACCUAAUCA